GUCAUUCGUGUGCAAUUUUUUUCGUGACUUUCCUGGCCGAAGGCCGUAAAUGGUUGUGAGGGGCGUCGCAGGCGCUCCCGAACAACCCCUAGUAUAUAUGUGUGUGAUCUCUUAUGUACAUAAUCCCGCAAGUUCGUGUCUGCGGAUGACAUUGCCCCUUUCUGCACAGGGGAAAAACCUCUGAUUGCCUAAGUUCUAACAAGUUCAUCACAUUUUAUCGGAGGCAUUUUUCAUCAUUGGAGGCUCCGAUCAAAUUCAUCCAAAAACCACCACAAGCGCUUUCCACCUCGAACAGUCAUGCAGAACAUGCCGCUCUUGAUGUAGCCGGCAGUAGCCCAGCUAGAUGUCUCGGUUUUCAUGGAUAGAAGCCUGACACAAAACUGGUAGAAAAAUUACGUAAUGUGUAUCAUGACCGGGUACAUUGAAACCAACACCAGUUGCCUGGAAAUCUGUUCUGGUGAAUAUUCUACUUCCAGAUAUCUGCAGAGACAUGAAGAGCUGAAGUUGCGACCAUGCAUUGAGUGCGGGAGGAGAAGUGGCAGGAGGGAGCUAGCACGCAAACAGCAACAACGGCAGACGUCUCCCGCAGCGGCGUGUGGGACGUGUGGGGUGAAUGUUAGGAAACACGCAAUGAAGGCAGUGGUGCAAGGAAGUGGUGGUGAUGGUGAAAAGGCAAUCGGGCCACCACGAAAGGCUUUGGCGGUGAACCGGCAAAGGAAAGGUGGCAUCGCCAGCACCACCAUCACUGCCACCACUGCAGCUGUUGCAGAUGAUGUUGCUGAGAAGACUGGUGAAGAGCGGGGUGAGGGUGGGGAGGAUGGAGAGGAUGGUGAAGAUGGGGAGGAUGGAGAGGGUGGUGAAGAUGGUGAGGGUGGGGAGGAUGGAGAGAGUGGUGAGGAUGGUGGGGGUGGAGAGGGUGAGGAGGGUGGUGAGGGUCAGCAUCGGUGCUUGGAGUGUGGUGUCAACUUCACUGCCAGCGCAGAUCUCAGUAGACACUUGAGAGUGGAGCAUAGAGCUCGUGCCAAGGAGAAGCGCCACGCGUGCCCGCAGUGCGGCCGUUGCUUCGCCGAGUCGCGUGACCUGCGGCGCCACACGCGCACUCACACAGGGGAGCGGCCCUACGCCUGCACCGCAUGCGGCAAGGCCUUCGCGCUGCGCUCCAGCCUCACCAAGCACGCACGCACCCACACGGGCGAGCGUCCCUACGCAUGCGCCGCAUGCGGGCGCUCCUUCUCCGUGGCGUCGUCGCUCGUCAAGCACCGGCGGGUGCACACGGGCGAGCGGCCCUAUGCGUGUGCCGCAUGCGGCCGCGCCUUCUCACAGCUUACGUCGCUCCAGAAGCAUCAGGGGCGGCACUCGGCCGAGAAACCGCAUGCCUGCGCCACGUGCGGGAAGGCGUUUUCACACCGCGCCUUCCUGCGCAAGCAUGAGAAGACGCACGCGGAGCGCGUGGCAGGGCUGGUGAAGGAGCGCCGCUUUGCAUGCGAGCGCUGCUGCGCUACCUUCUUCGACAACCAGAGCCGGCAGCGGCACCAGACGACGCAUACCGGCGAACGGCCCUUCGUGUGCGAGCUGUGCGGCAAGGCCUUCUCACACCACUCCACGCUGCGCAAGCACCAGAGCACUCACUCGGGCGACCGCCCGCACGUCUGCGAGCUGUGCGGCAAGGCGUUCCCACAUGCCACAAACCUGAAGCAGCAUCUUAAGCGGCACACCGAGGACAAAGACAAGCCCCACGCGUGCUCCGAGUGCGGCAGACGCUUCCUGAGCGUCCGCGAGCUGGCCCAGCACGCGCGCACCCACACGGGCGAGCGGCCGCACGUGUGCGCCGAGUGCGGCCGCGCAUUCGCGGCGGUGUCCACAUUGCGCAAGCACGCGCGCACGCACACGGGCGAGCGGCCGCACGUGUGCCCGCAGUGCGGCCGCGCGUUCACCAGCAGCUCCAACCUGCGGGCGCACGCGCGCGCCCACGCCGGGCAGCGCCGGCCCCAGCACGCGUGCACCCAGUGCGGCUGCAGGUUCGCACGCGCCGGCGCCCUCCGGAAGCACCAGAGCUCGCACGUUCGCACGUAGAGAGAGGGAGAGAUGGAAGAUGUGGAUGAGGAGGUAUAGGGAGAAAUGGAGAUGUCUAAUCUAGAUUUGAAGUUCUAGAUUAAUUUGCAGCUCGAUUAGAAAAUUACAUCACUGCUGUUUUUGAUGAACUAGUGCCCCUCCGAACAAGCACAAAGAGAAAGGGGAAAGCACGCAGUAACCGGCUGUCACCGGAGGCGAUUGCUGCGAAGCAGAUGCAGAUAAGAUUGGAGUGAACAUUUAUUUCAAGGCUGUCUGACUCAUCGAGUCUCACAGAUCGUCCUAUGCUCUGCACGUCAAUGAGUCGGCUCACGACUCCUUUGCUGUGUGGCGCGUCGUGAAGGGUAUGCUGCACUGCAACCACCCAUUAAUUAGUAAACCCGGUCUGUGCACAGUAGUUGUGAUGUUCUUCGACAAUAAAAUAGUGGUGAUCAAUA